AUGGCUACUGACGCUCUUUGUAACGACGACGACGAAGCUGGCAAGACACGUCCCGUCUCUCCCCCGAGAACAGGUCUCAGCUUUCUGAGGCCUGUUGCGGUUCCCGUUACCGAGUCUGUCCAGACGCGGGCAGAUCCGCCCUCCCUACCCACUACUGGUUCCAAUGCUACGACCCCAGAACCUGCCGCUGCCGGCCCAUCCCAAGAACCCACGGAGCCUGGGCAGGAUCUAGUCGACGAGGUGGUUGACAACGAGGGAGAUAACGAAGAGGAGGAAGAUCUCACGACCUCUGAAAAAGAUCAUGAGGUCGCGUUUACCAAGGCACACCGCCGCUACACAAACUCCUGGCAAGGAUUAUUCACGUGGCUUGUGUUGUCUCGCGCUGACGAUGGGUUUCCUAUUUUAAAAUGCAGCACUUGCAUGGAGUUUGGCGCCGAGAAUGCAAAUACAACAUAUGGCAAGGGCGGUGCUGGUGGACGCGACAUGCAGAAGCAGAGCAUUCGUACGCAUGAACGGUCUACCGCACAUCUUGACGCGCAUGGGGCUAAGAAGGCGACGGAGAGCCGGAAGUUGCGCCAAGCGAUGCUGGACGAGUACGAGGGACUGGAAAAGAAGACACUUCACCUUAUCGCGGCGUUAAAGACGGCGGUUUUCACGUGCCAAUCCGAGGCACCAAUCUCUUCCUACAUCGGUUUCAUCAAGUUCAUGCUGGAGAUGGGUUGCCCGAACCUUCCGGUUGAUCAGCGUGGAAGCUACUACUCAGACAAGGCGCUCGCCGCCAAAGAUGCUGCGACCAAGCUGACGGACUUGGAAAUCGUUGACAAGGGAGUUCGGGCGGUGGCGACGAUGUUGUCGCAGAGCUCCAACCACCACAGGCGUUUCCGCCAACUUCAAGAAGUUGUCUGCGAGACGAACCUCGAGCUGCAGGGCAUUCAUGACGUGCGUUGGCUAUCACGGGGAGAGGCGGUGAAGAGGUUCGCGAAGGUGCUUCCGGCGACUGUGCUCUUGCUGCACGAGACCUGCACAUCUUUCAAGUUUCAUUUUCUCUUCUACUUCCUUGCAGAUUUGCUGGCGAUCCUGAACGAGUUGAACGCCAAAUUCCAGAAGCUUCAGGUGGACAUUACAGUCGUCGCAAGAGAAGUUUCCCUUGCGUGUCGCACAAUCGAAGUCCGUUACCUAGACUGCAAGGAUUCAUUUGGCAACGGACAAUCCCCCCUGCUGAACGAGUUCCUGAAGAAGCACGCAGAUCCGCAGCAUCGGGAGGUAAAGGUGGCGGGUGUGGACCCGAAUGGUGAUCCGGCUGAACACGUGUUCGUGCUGCACGAGCGCCCGAUCAAAGGUAAAAAAACUGGCCACGACUACUACUCGUGCAAGAAGCUCUGCCAGGACUACGCACGUGAGGUGAAAGGACGCCUGGAGUACCGGCUGGAGGAUCUGGAACAUUUGAACGGCGCCAAAAUCUUCCGUCCAAACAUGUAUCCGGAUGAGAAGAGUUCGUUUCUGUGUUCUCACCCCCCAACAGGUGUGCAGUUCAAGGAGUGCGAGAGGGAGCUGGUACUGUUCCUGCACACCAUGGAAAACAACCACGGGGCGUUGAACUUCUACAAAUCGCUGACCCUGAUGCUGCAGUCAACGGAUUAUGGGGGAGCAUACCCGAACAUGGUCCGUUUGUGGCAGGCGGUGGCAGUGCUCCCGUUGAGCACUAUUGAGUAUGAGCGCGGUUUCAGCCGACAAAACCGCAUCAAGAGUAGUACACGUACCAGUUUAGGAGAUGCACGAUUGGGGGAUUUGAUGACUUGUGCGCUUCUCCCAUCUGCAGAUGUGAACUGGACGAACGUUGCGGCACUCUUUCAUGCUCUCAAGAAGCGCCGCCCGGCUGGAGUUUUUGUUCAUGAUGUUAUGAUGACCCGUGAACUGCGCGACCUUCUGGACCCGAUGGAGUCCCUCCAAAUGUUUGACGUCACGAUUGAGGGCGGGGGCACGUACGCGACGCUACAGGCUGAGGACAAGAAGUGCCUCCUAGACGACGACACCGAGUUCACGAACCCCUGCCUCGAUUUCGCGUGCAUCUCCAUACUGGAAAAGCAUGGAGGGGACCGCGCGCGAAAGUCGCGAAUUUUCCCGGCUGCCGAAUUGCGAAAGUUGAUUGAGGCUUCGACGGUUGAUGUGGACAUGAUGCUGAACGAGAUGCUCGUUUUCCCGUUUUGCUCCAAAUUCGAGGAGGAGGAACCGAAGUGCAGCAUCCUGCUCAUUUUGCAUCCGGGAGAUCUCGAACGCCCAGAUGGUGAAGUUUGUCGCACGCGAAUUCUUCACAUUGACCCUUCCGUGGGUCCAGAUCCGCACGCAAAGGACGCAAAGAUCGCUAUUGAGGCCACGAAACCGAAGAACUUGAAGUUCAUACGCGAGAAAGUGCUGAAGCACGCUCAGGAUCUCGCGCUUGAGUUGCGUGGUCUCGAAUCUGGCAAAGGCCGUGGUAACGUUUCGGGCUCCGAACACGGAUCUCAUGGGAGGGCUCGCGUGGAGGGAAGCGAGCGAGAGGGUGGCGGGAGCGGAAGUGACGCCGCGGCCGUCGCGGAUAAUGUCGUCGCCGGCCCAGCCGGCGGUGGUCCUGUCGUGGGGGCUGAGGCCGCUUCGGGUGGUUGUGAAGAGGCGGAAAAGGUGGCGGAACCUGCUCCCGUUGUCGCCGGCCCUUCCCGCGUUGCAACUCCAACUGCGAUAGAGGCUCCUCGUUCGUUCGACGAGCUGGUGGCGUGGCCGGUCCAGUCGCUCGCGCGGGAGGUUCUUCGACCCGAUGCCACGAUUGCAGAAACGCGCGAGCAGCUGAGAUCGACAAACACGCACGUCACGAACCAGCGAAAACGUGUUCGUGAAUUGUCCGACGAGCUCGACGAACUCACGGACAAGAUGAAAUCCCUGUGGGGGAAGUCGCUUCAAUCCGCAAAGAGGCUCGAUGACCUGGAGCAGCGUUUUUGCAACGAGACCGCGGAUUGCUUGAAGGAGUUGAGGAAGGAACAUGCGUCCGCGUCCGCGCAGCGAGAGUCAGCCGAGAGAGUGAUGCGCCGUCUGGAGGAAACUGAGGGCGGCCUGAAGGUGUCCUUCGCCUCCGUAAUCGCGGAGAAGGUUCCAUCAUCAGACGUUAUGCCGUUCGCUAUCACAGCUCUUCCUUCUGCUUUGGGUCGCGCGUCUUCACUUCUAGACGUUUCGGGAGGGGAGGAAAUGGCUGCGGCGGACGCGACCGCGACAGGGGCCGCGGCUGUGAAAGGGGAUGCGGCCGCAAAAGGGAACGCGGCUGCGAAAGGGGACGCGGCUGCAAAAGGGGACGAUGCCGCGAAAGGUGACGGGGGUGGGAAAGGAGAUGCGACCACGAAAAGGGACGCGGUUCCGGACGAUGAAGGAGGAAAUAAUGCGUUCGAAAAAUACAUGGCGCUUCUGGGGGCUGAAAAGGGUGCAACCAAAAGUGGCACGAAAGGCAAGGAGAAGGAGAAGGCCGCGAAAGGUGAUUUGUGUGUUGGACUUCGCCUGAAUUCAAACGGGUCGGCAUGGAUUUUAGAGCUCCAUCACGCUGGUGUCCGUCGCUAUCUUGGGAAUCACGAACAGAAGGAGACGGGACGGUUUCUCUGUGCUGUCGCGCUUACGGUCUGGUACAAAACCGUAAAAUCGGACAAGAUGGUGUUGACUCCCGACGAAGAGGCGGAAUGGACCCCAGAUCUGGAUGUGGCUCGUGUGAUGCACGAGGGUUUGUUCGCAACCCUUUAUCUUCGCGGCCUCACCAACAGCGCGAAAAGGAUGCGGAGCCUGUUCAAGCGGUUUCGCGAUCUUAAAGAUGGUGCGCGCGCUCCUCAGGACGAGACCGCGUGCUCUGCCACGGCUGGAUUGGAGGUCGCGGAGGAUGAGCCAUCAGGGCGCGUGAAAGGUGGUGGUGGGCCGAUCGCUGGAGCCGUAGCCUUCGCCUGUGCAGCCAUGUGGUUGUUGUGCAAAGGUCCGGCUGGUGGGGACUCAGCACAGGCCGUGGAAGAGGGUAAGGCUGCGGCGAAGCUGGCUGGGGCGAUCGAAGUUACCGUGGCGGGAUGCGAGGUGGCGUGGGUGCGCUUAUUGGCCGCACUUAAGACACGCGCGAAGACAACCACCCUCCCUCCUACGGGCGAAGACAUAGAGCAGCGGGUGAACAACUUCUUCGAGAAGGGCCCGGAUGCGAACCUGAAGACGAUCAUUUCCGAAAUGGUGGAUGUCGUUGCUACCUGGAACCACGAGCCAGGGGCGAAGGCUCGGAUGACACAGCUGGGGCUGUGUGUGCUUUGCAGCACGGAGCGCAUGAAGGCCAAGAACCGCGAAGCAGGUCGUCCACGCCUGAAACGGGCAUCACCCGUUCCCGUGCGUGAAGGGGGCGCGGAGGAAGUUGUCAAGGUGCUGGAUGACUAA